UUUCUAGUUUCUCGGUUUCUCCUGCUCUGCGGCAUACAUAUCUUCUCUCUUCAGCUUCCUCCUUAUGUGCGACAUAGUCAGGAAUUCUAACCCUAAUCCGUGGGUGAUUCGUCGUCCGUAGCUGCAGUUUUUGUUACAGAAGGUUCAGCGCAGUUCUUACUUGUUCUCUGCAACGUAAACCCUAAUUCACAUCGUUUCUGGCUGUUUCUCGGCUUUCCUGUCUCAGAAGAACAGUUCCAAUCCGUUCAACUAAAUACAAGGAACCAUAAAGACGCAUAUGGCCGAUUCAAGUGAACCUGAACCUCAAAAGGCUGAACAAGUUUGCAGUUUUUUCAGGAAGCCUUCGAAGAGCAAAAACAUCAGGAAAAGAACUGUUGAUGAAGAAGAUUCAGAAACUGAAAGCUUCUUGUUGCAUCCUCAGAAGAAGGCUCCAAAGCCCGACAAUAAACUAUAUUUUUCGACUGGAUCCUCUAAAAGCUCUGUAUCUGCAGAUGCAAACAAAGAGCCUGAGAGGCCAAUCUUUCAAUUUGAAUCUUCAAAGGAAAUUCAGGUUCAGAAUGAUAGCAAAGCAACUGCAACUCUAGAAACUGAGACUGAUUUCUCGAAAGAUGCACGGGCUAUCCGAGAAAGGGCUCUCAAAAAGGCUGACGAGGCUUUGAAAGGGAAAAAACAAAGCUCUGGUGAUGAGAAGUUAUAUAAAGGGAUUCAUGGGUAUACAGAUCACAAAGCUGGUUUUCGAAGAGAGCAGACUAUUGCCAGUGAAAAGGCUGGUGGAUCGCAUGGUCCUCUUCGAGCUUCUGCUCACAUUAGAGUUUCUGCCAGGUUUGAUUAUCAACCAGACAUUUGUAAGGAUUACAAAGAGACUGGUUAUUGUGGAUAUGGAGAUUCGUGCAAAUUUAUGCAUGAUCGAGGGGAUUACAAAUCUGGAUGGCAGAUGGAGAAGGAAUGGGAGGAAGCAGAGAAGGCAAGGAAGAGAAAUUUGGCUCUCGGAGGGGAUGACGAGGAUGAGGGGGUUGCAUAUCAGAAUGAUGAAGAUGAAGAUGAAGAUGAUGAGCUACCCUUUGCAUGUUUCAUUUGUAGGCAGCCCUUUUCGGAUCCUGUUGUGACUAACUGCAAGCACUACUUCUGCGAGCAUUGCGCACUAAAGCAUCAUUCAAAGAACAAGAAGUGCUUUGUAUGCAACAAGCCAACUCUAGGAAUAUUCAAUGCGGCUCAUGAAAUACGUAAGAGGAUGGCUGCCGAGGGUAAAAAGUAAUUCUUCACUUUAUAUGUUUGUAGGCAUGGCUGCUUGAAACUUUUUUACUUUGCUGCCAUGCAAGCAAUAAUGUCUGUUUGCUGCUCCUUGUUAGUUUUUAAGAUAAUUUAAAAUUUCCUCAUUUCUGUCCUAGAAUGUUAGCAAACAUAGUAUAAUUAACAGACUUGAUCUUGAAAUGAUGUAGUCUUGUAGAGUAGAGAGGCUGUAAUACGGCAUUGGUAAUAUGGGUGAACUCCGACACUUUUUCU